AUGUUAAUGAACAUAAUAAAAACUUUUCGGUUUUCGUAAUUCAAAAUAAAAAUUGACCACAUAUAACAUCAUAAAUAUGGUCCAUUAUAAGUUAUCGAUUUUAAAUUGUUGAAUAUUCAUUAAAAAACUUCUUUAAAAGAUAUCUACUAUUCAUAUAUGAGCAUAUAAAAUUGUAUGAGAUGUAAUAAUAAGAAGAAAAGAUGGAAUAAGUAAAAAGAGCCUAUAUAAGGAUUUUGUCAAAAAGAUUAAAAAAUUUAGAUGUAAUGGCUGAAGAGGAAUCAAAAGAUGUAAGAUUUCUAAUUGAUAAUAAUUUUGGAUUUCCUUUUGUUGAAGGUUUUAGAAGAUCAGAAAUGA